AUGUUGAUUAUAGGAGGUGGUCCGGCUGCCUACACUGCUGGAAUCUACUUGGCUCGAGCUGCUUUAAAGCCCGUAUUAUUUGAAGGUUUUAUGGCAAAUGGCUAUGCGCCUGGUGGUCAGCUUACGACGACUACCCUGGUAGAGAAUUAUCCUGGAUUUGAGAAAGGGAUCAUGGGUCCCUUGUUAAUGGAAAAAAUGCGACAACAAGCAAUCAAUGCGGGUACCAAUAUUAUUACGGAAACGAUUGUCAAGCUAGACCUAAAUAAACGGCCUUUUCGAUACUGGUCAGAAAGCUCACCUGAGUAUGGCACGUGCAGUUCAAUCGUUUAUGCCACCGGUGCCCGUCCUCGAAUGCUUGGUAUAAAGGGCGAAUCGGAUUUUUGGCAGAAAGGCAUCUCGACCUGCGCUGUAUGUGACGGUGCACUGCCAAUUUUUCGCAAUCAACCCGUUGCCGUGGUCGGGGGCGGCGAUUCUGCUGUCGAGGAGUCCUUAGUUCUUGCUCAGCAUGCUUCAGCCGUGAAUGUUUUCGUUCGUCGUGAUCGACUUUCUGCUUCAGUCGUAAUGGCAAGACGAAUGCUCCAAAACCCUCGUAUAAAAGUUCACUACAACAUGAAGGUUAUUGAGGCACGAGGCAAACAUGCCGGUCCCCUUACACACAUUGUAACAAAACGUGUAGACACACAAGAAGAACAAGUUUGGGAUAUGAAAGGUUUGUUCUAUGCCAUUGGUCACAACCCAGCAACUGAUUUGGUUCGUGGUCAGGUCGAUUUGGACGAACACGGUUAUGUUCGAACAUUGAAUGGAACCCCGAAAACAAACAUUCCUGGAUUCUUUGCUGCUGGAGACGUACAAGACCCUGUCUUUAAACAAGCCAUUACAAGUGCAGCUAGUGGUUGCCAAGCAGCUCUUCUCGCUACCGAUUAUUUGUCAAACUUGCAGUUGCGAACGAAGUAG